AUGUCGGGCCACAGCGACAUGAGCUCGGUCAUCACCUUCGCUCGACAGCCCGCAUCCUCCCGGAAGCACAGCGUCGAGGUCAGGAUUAACGACCACUACCACUCCAAGGUCUACACGUCCGGCAACCCCAUCUCCGGCGAAGUGACCGUCACCCCUGGUCACGACAACCGAUUCGACUACGUUCAGAUCAUCCUAAUUGGCACAUCGAGAACCCGCCUGGACGCCUUACAGAUUCCCCAAGUCUCCUCCCACACUUUCCUCAAGCUGGAAAUGCCCAUCCCCGACUCCGCUUAUCCCGUGCCCCGCAUCUUCGAGGCCGGCUUGACUUACACCAUUCCCUUCAACUUCGUCAUUCCCCACCACUUGACCAUCAGCGCCUGCGCUCACAAGGCCCAGUCAGACUACAUCCACGACUACCACAUGCGCCUUCCGCCGACCAUGGGUGGCUGGGAGAGGGACGACAUGGCUCCUAACAUGGCCCAGGUCCAGUAUGCCGUCAAUGCUCGCGUUGUGCGACAGGACGAACUCGGCGGCAAGCCCAUGAAGCUCAUGGAGGACAUCCACCUCAUCAGGGUCCUUCCCCGCUCCCCCGAGGACCCCCCUUUGAACAUCACCAAGCAUGAUGGGGCCUACGCUCUCAGCAAGACCAAGACCGUUCGCAAAAACCUCUUUUCUUCGAAGCAGGGCCGCAUCACUGCCGCUACUGCUCAGCCGAGCGCUAUUCACCUGACUGCUGACGGCCGCUCGGCCUCCGAGGGUUCUAUCCUGGUGAACUUGAACUUCGAGCCUACCUCUGCCGACAUCCUGCCCCCCCAGGUGAACACGGUGUCUGCCAAGCUCCGGGCUCAGACAUGGUACGGCGCGACCCCGAUGACGAAACUGCCCAACAUGGGUGACAUCCAGGAGGCUUUUGCCAUGUCCCAGCAUCACGUCUACACCACCUCGACCCCCUUGCUCUCAACGUCGGUGGGUAAGGUAGCCUGGCGCCAACAGUUGACUUCGACCGCCCGUCGCGAUUCCGGAUACUCUAGCGAUGGCCUGCGCGAGAGCGGUCACUCCGACUCGGAUAAUCAAAACCACAGCCAGAGCCGUCGUCCGAGCCGGGACCUGAAAUCUCCCAUCUUCCACAUGGCCGCCCUUCAGAUCCCAUUCAAGCUGCCGACGUCACGAAAGACCUUUAUCCCAACCUUCUAUUCCUGUCUCAUCUCCCGUACCUACGCUCUGCAACUGACGCUGGUGGUUGGCGACUCCAAGAUCAACUUGAACGUUCCCUUGCAAAUCGCCCUCGAGCCUCCCGUCCAGCAGGAUCUUCUGGAUAUGGGCCCGCCUAGCUUCGAUGCUGUGAUGGCACAGCAGGAGGAGGCAGAGGCGGAUGCGUUUUUACAGCCCCGGCUGUUGCAGCAGCCGGCACCCGAGUUCCAAGGCAACGCUGUUUUGCCCAACUACGGCGAUUUGGCGACGAGAUGGUCAGCUGUCCCAACUGCAUGA